CAGAGGCUGAGCUGCUACAACAACUCUUGUGUGCUCAAAGCUGAAGUUCGUCUCGCCGUCAUAAAACAACUCCAUUGGCUUCACAUAGAGGAAUAAGAAGGUAACACUGGCUGUCUCCUGAAUGAACUGCACUAUGGAUGAUUGUUUAGAGCAACCUAUCAUAAUAUUUUCUAUUCUGUUGAGCAUAUCAUACAUACUCAUACUAAUUCUCUUCAUUAUUUCAUGCUAUAUGUGCUACCAAAGAAAGCAAGGAACCAAUUUUGUCUUCUCCAUUUAUAGAUAUCAGAGGCUAAGAGAAACAAGGAAAGGAGAGCUAUUUCCCAUUGCUCAGGAAAGCACAGCAGAGGCCAAUGCCAGUAAACAUGAUACUUCAAUGGCUGAAGAUAGCACUGACCCCCAAAAUGGGAAGACUCCUGCUCCUAAGAGAGGAGUGGAUGUCAGCAUGGACAAUCCUAACUACAUGUCGAAUUCAACUAUCCGUGUUCAUCAGGAGAAAGAUACCAAGAGAGUCUCAGUCAUUUCAGAGUCCAACCAGCGAAAUGAGAAUCCUAACAGACGUGUCUCUAAACUUGAUCCCAGAGCUAGCUACUCUGGACUCGAUCACCCCAUUAUUGUAGUAGAGGAAGUAAGUAAGAAUGAGGAAGAGGAAGAUGUUUAUUCCUUGGCAAAUGAAAGUGAGCACAAUUAUUCUUGUAUUUCACACGAUUCGUCACAAAACUCUCGAGACGACAGGCAAGACAGGGACAGUGUUCAUGACUACUCUUGCAUUAGUAACAACUCGCGUCUCUCGACAUCUUCAUCAAACAGUGCAAUCAAUAAUCCUGAUGAAGGACGUCCUACUGAUAUUGAGCCGGCAGACUAUGAAGAUUUUUAUAGCAUUCCUAAUGCUGAUGGCAAUAUCUCGGAGAGCGAGGGUGAGAAUGAAACUGAAGGCAACAAAGGUGGGCAUGAAAAGGAAGGAAAGGAGGAAAAGCGUCAAGAGGAGCAGUCUGUUGUCAACAGUCAGCCCAAUCCUGAUUGUCAGUCUAGAUCUGAUGUAAAGCAAACAUCAGUUGAAGCCACUGAUAAGACUUCAAAGAUUAAAAGACGCUCGGCUACAAGUUCAGAUAUAUUCAAUGUACAAUCAACUGAGUCAUCAUUAGUAGCACAUGCAUCUGAUAGCAAGCUAACUCGACUGCCAGGGAUAGAGGGGAGAUCUAGCAGUUCUGUUGCAGCUCCAGGGACUCCUUAUAAACCUGUACCAAAGCCACGCAUGCUUCGUAAAGCAGCAGAGAGUACUACAAAGUAGAAUGAGUGAUAAAAAAAUAGAAAAAUUGUUUAUUAUUAUCAUAAUAAUGCAUAGCUAUUAUUAUACCGUCAUCCUUUCAUUUUCUGUUUUUUGUGUGUAUCACGAGUAUAUAAAUCAACUCUUUAGAUACUAUUGAUGUGUGCACUUGUAUUAUUGUAAUAAUAUCUUAAUUUGGAAAUUUGUUUUCUUUAUCUGCAUUGGGGCGAGGUGUUUGUUUUCCCUUUGGAGACUAGAUAAGGCACGAGACAGAGAGUUCACAUUUUAUAAUUUCAUAGCUCUAGCGCCGUUCGUAAUGAGCUACGAAGCUGCUGUAGCUUUUAGCGUUAUUUUUGCCGUCUUCUCCCUGGUGGAAGGAAUCUUCAUAGCUGUUCUCUUGAUCAGAAUUAUCAAAGGAAUUAAAGUGGAGCAAGAAAUAUGUGCUUUGUGGCUGCUUGUGAGAAACUUGAUUAAAUCUUUCUUUGAGAGAGGAAGCCGGGAAAGGGUUAGAGGAGUUAGAAGCACCAGUAGAGCAGAAGAAGGAAUUACAAAUGAGCCUAUAAGCACCUCGACAGAUGCUAGAUACAGUAAUUUCAGUGAUCACCAAAAGUCCUCAAAUGCUAGCAAUGCUGCUCCUCCUCCUCCUGCAGGAGCAGAAGGAAUGAAUGAAGCAAUACAGAGUCUUGCCACUGUAAUGAAAGCAAAAGAGGCCCCAAUGUGCCAGUCAGUUAUGUCAACACCGGAUUGUCGCAGGUCAUCGUCAACAAAAGCAUCUUCUCAAAGAAUAGCAAAAGGACCAAGCAAGUCCAUCGAUAACUCAUUAACAGUUGCACCACCUCAAGCAACCACACAAAGACAAAGACAGCAGGAGAAUCCUCCCACAGUCAUUUUUACAGGCUACAGUAAAGUAGACGUUGCUCCUAAACCUCCCCAUAAACCACAUCCUAUAGUCACCCCAUAUGAAGUCCCAGUCGCAACAAUGGCAAAACCUUUGAGUGAUGACGUAGUGCUAGCAUCUUAUGAUAAGGUGACUGACAGUCACUCAGUCCCUCCUGUUUAUACAGAGCCAAAGGUCAGAUCAAAGUCAAGAUUCAAAUAACACUGUGAGCUGUAUAUAGGACACUUAAUUGCGUGUGUAUAUUAUAUAUAGAUCUAUAUAUCAUUCAUUCAUUGUAUAGAGUAGUCUUUUUAGUCUUUGUGUAUAGGUCCCCAUUAAAGUCACAAUUAAA